AUGGUUGCAGAUCAAGAUGAUUUAAUCAAUGCUGCUAGUGGAUGGCAAGAUCGAAUAGUACCAUUUGGUAAACGAGCUGAAAAUAAUAAAAUAGCUGGUUCAACACCAUUAACUGAUGCAACUAAAUAUAAUCAUUCUGAAUGUGUUAAACGUUUAUUAGUACAUCAUGCUAAUCCAAAUCAUAAAAAUCAUUCGAGUAUAUCAGCACUAAUACUUGCGGCUAAACUAGGUUAUUUUGAAUGUGUUAAAUUACUUGUACAAGCUAGAGCUGAUCUAAAAUUGUCAUCGAGUAGUUCAGUAGCAUUAAGAUUGAAUUUAUGUGGUCAAACAUCAUUAUUUUGUGCAGCAAGAGAAGAUCGAACAGAUAUAGUUAAAUAUUUAUUAGACGAUGAAGCUAAUCGACAUGUUCGAAAUCAUUAUGGUGUUAGUGCUUUAUGCAUUCCAUUACAAAAAGGCAUAUUACAAGUUGUUGAAUUAUUAUUAAAUGACGGUACUACAACACAUGUUGCUCCAUUUGAUAGUCAAGCUGAUGAAUUAAAUAUAACUGGUUUUUGA